AUGCGCAGCGUCGAUACCAAUACUACCCUGGAAGGCAUGAGGUGCAGUCUGGUGGGCCCGUAUACUGGGACUACUCCAGCAGUCCACCCAUGGAAAGCCGCUGUGCUGAUGGAGCUGGUGCGCGCCGAAGGUUUACGAGCAGAGAGAACUUCCGGGCAGGGCGACGAUGGGAGCGACACGUUUCUCCACAAGAGCGCACACCGAAUGGGGCAGAGCGGUUGCAGUUUGCUUCGGGGCCCAGCCUUCCGGCAAACCACUGCAGUCGUUCACGUGACGACGGCGCAUGCGUCGGAUCAUUUUCCCUUGCUCGGUCGUGCCCGUGUGCCGGGAGGGCUCAAAGACGCUUGGGAGGGCGAUGGAGACGCAGCUCUGCCGAAGAAGCCGUUAUGUUGGACGCCAUCUUCGUCCGUCGAUUACAAGGCUGGCAUUUUGAAUCACUUCUGGACACCUUGUCCGUCGGAGUGCUAUUUGUUCGUCGCGUCACUUUCCUUCCUCGCUCCUCUCCUGCCGCUGCCGCCGCUGCCGCCUUCCACCAUCCACCAUCGUGAUAGUUUUCAAGAUUCGCUCUGUCGGGAGCUGCGCUCGAGGUGGAUUUCCGAGUGCAAGGGCUUCAUCGCUCUCUCCUUCCUCCUCCUCCUCCUCCUCCUCCUCCUCCUCCUGGGCAUCUGA